AUGCCCGACUACUCCAAUUCGGAUCAUUUAUUUCUCGGCUUUGAUUUAUCCACCCAGCAAUUAAAGAUCAUUGUCACUAAUGAACAUUUGGACCCUUUGCAGACCUAUAAUGUGGAAUUUGAUUCACAGUUCAAAGACAAGUAUGGUGUCCACAAGGGAGUGAUUACUGGAGACGAAGGAGACAUAGUCAGUCCAGUAGCAAUGUGGUUGGACGCAAUUGAUUACCUUUUCACCCAAAUGAAGAAUGACGGAUUUCCGUUUAAGAAAGUUGUAGGAAUCAGUGGUUCAGGUCAACAACAUGGAUCUGUGUAUUGGUCUCAAGAAGCAAACAAUUUAUUGAAGCAUUUGAAUCCAGAUUCCAACUUGAGCGAGCAGCUUAAAAAGGCAUUCUCUUGGGAAAUGUCCCCCAAUUGGCAAGAUCACUCCACACUUCCUGAGGCUAAAGCAUUUCAUGAUGCAGUGGGUAAAGAAAGUUUGGCCAAAAUUACUGGAUCAAGAGCUCAUUUGAGGUUUACUGGAUUGCAAAUACGUAAGUUUAUCACUAGAUCACAUGGUAAGGAGUAUGAAUCUACGUCGAGAAUCUCGUUAGUGAGUUCAUUUGUUACAAGUAUUUUGUUGGGACAGAUUUCAGAGUUGGAACAAAGUGAUGCUUGUGGAAUGAAUUUGUAUGAUAUAAACAAGUCGGGUUAUAGCGACGAAUUGCUUGCUGUGGCUGCUGGUGUUCAUACAAACAUCGAUGGCAUUGCAAGGGACGAUCCAAAAUAUCAAAAAUCAAUUGAUACAUUGAAGGAGAAGUUAGGUCCUAUCCAACCAAUCACAUAUAAAUCAUCAGGCUCCAUUUCAAACUACUUUGUCGAAAAGUAUGGGUUUUCAAAGGAUUGUAACAUCUACUCAUUCACUGGUGAUAAUUUGGCUACAAUUUUAUCAUUACCAUUGCAACCUAAUGAUUGUUUGAUUUCAUUGGGUACUUCGACAACAGUCUUGUUGAUUACUGAAAAUUACCAACCAUCAUCACAAUACCAUUUGUUCAAACAUCCUACAAUGCCAAAACAUUAUAUGGGUAUGAUCUGCUACUCAAAUGGUGCGCUUGCAAGAGAAAAAGCUAGAGAUGAAAUCAACAAAAAGCACCACGUCGACGAUCACAAGUCCUGGGAUAAAUUUGAUGAAAUUUUGGACAACAGUAACGAGUUCAAUGGCAAGUUGGGUAUCUAUUUCCCCAUUGGUGAAAUUGUUCCACAAGCGCCAGCACAAACAAUUCGUGCUGUCUUGAACAAAAAGUCUGAUGAUGAAUACGAGGUUGUUUCAUGCGACCUAGAUAGUAACAGUUUCGACAUUGACGACGACGCAUUGGCAAUUGUUGAAAGUCAAACCUUGAGUUGUAGAUUACGUGCCGGUCCUAUGUUGAGUAAAUCGGGAUACAUAAAAGAUGACCCAAAAGCAAAGGACAACGCCGAUGCAUCUUCGAAAGUCAACGAGUUGUAUCAACAAGUGACCAAGAGGUUUGGAAAAUUGUAUACCGACGGUAAAGAGCAAAAUGUCAACACUUUAACAGCGCGUCCAAAUAAAUGUUACUAUGCUGGCGGUGCUUCAAAUAAUCUUAGUAUUAUUCACAAAAUGGGACAAAUAUUUGGGCCAAUCAAUGGUAACUACAAGGUUGAAAUCCCCAACGCAUGUGCUUUAGGGGGAGCAUACAAAGCUAGUUGGAGUUAUGAGUGUGAGCAAAAGAAUGAGUUUAUCGGAUACGACGAGUACAUUAAAAAGUUGUUUGACACUGAUACCGAAUUGGGUGGAUUCAAAGUUGAUGAUAGGUGGUUGGAAUAUUUCGAUGGGGUUGGAAUGUUAGCAAAAAUGGAAGAGAAGUUGUUAAAAACAGAGUAA